GCCAAUUCCAUUUUAAUACAUUAUUAUUCGUUGAUAAUGAUUAUAUUCUUUCGCAAGCUCAGAUUUAAACAAUUUGUAAACCCGUUCAGAAUUAUGGAAAAAAUGUCAUUUUGUGCAAACCCUAGACCAUUUAGGUUUCAGGAAGGUACUUCUCUGCCUUGUAAAAUUUUAAUCAGAACACUUUACAAGGGCUUUACGUAGUAACUGAAGGUCUUAGUUGGUGAUCUUAAGCAGAAUCUGUGUAGCUUUUACUUUGGUUGCAUAUUAUGCUUCUGACAUGAUGUUGGAACUGGAAGUUGACAACAAUGGGCUAAUGGAAGAAGCAAAUUUUGGAGUUGGGGAUGAUGCUGAUGUUGCUUCUUUUGAGAACGAAAGAUGUGGGAUCUGUAUGGAUCUCAUUAUUGAUAGAGGAGUUCUUGAUAGCUGUCAGCAUUGGUUCUGUUUUGCAUGUAUUGACAAUUGGGCUACCGUUACAAAUAUCUGUCCACUUUGCCAGAAGGAAUUUCAACUAAUCACAUGCGUCCCAGUUUAUGAUACGAUUGGAAGCCUCAAGGCUGAUGAGGAUUCAUUUCCCAGAGAUGAUGAUUGGUGCAUUCAAGGAAAUUGCAACACUCUUUCUUUUCCAUCAUAUUACAUUGAUGAAAAUGCAGUUAUCUGUUUGGAUGGAGAUGGUUGCAAGAUACGAAAUGGACUGGUAGCCAUUGAAGAAAAUUUGAAUCUUGAUACAUCAAUUGCUUGUGAUUCAUGUGAUUUAUGGUACCAUGCUUAUUGUGUGGGAUUCGUUCCUGAAACUUCAUCAAAUAAUUCAUGGUUGUGUCCAAGGUGUAUAAUUGAUGAAUUGCCACCAGAAUCUCUUUCGAUUUCAACACAAAGACAAGGCAACCAAUUUGGUCCUGAAACCACUGGUCAUGAAUCUUCAACUGAUGCUGGUUUUUCAGGAAAAGUGUCAGUAUCUGUUGCUGAUGCAGGGGAGACUGCUGUCGUUGUCUCAAUGGUUGAAAGAAUGCAGUGGACUCAAGAAUCAAGUGACAAUCUUUUGGCAGCAAAAGAAGCUGUCAUUGACCCAGAGACAGAGACAUCUCUGUCUAAUUCCAAUGCCACUAGUUUCAUGAUGGAAACACGAGUAAAGGAAACUACUAAAGCACAACCAAACAUUGGGGCACGGGAAUCAUCAUUAGGAUUGUCCUUAUCACAGGAGACAUCCUUGACUUUACAUUGUGACUCUUUGGCACAUGGCGAAUUGGUGACAAAAAGUUAUGAUAAUUCAACUUUUGAUCCAAAUGGUUCCGAUGAAUGUAAGGUUCCUUCCCAACCUUCCAUUCAGCCUUGCUUUGGGAGUAUUCCAUCUGAAAGUGAAUCCAGUACAGCUCUUCAUCUUGACCUAUCUGUCAGAUCUUCUUUGACAGUUGAGAGCGUGAUCGAUGAUGCAACAGAAAAUCAAGUCGCUGGAAAUAUGCAGCGGUACAAUUCUGUGAAACCUUCUUUAUCAGUUGGCAAUAUGGAGCAUCAUUCUACUGCGGAUGUUGUUGGACUUGAGGGGGUAAAGAGAAAGCGCAUGAGCUCCAUGAAUUAUGUUGAAAAGUACAAUUGUACUGAAAAUGAGGAUGGAGAAGCUAGAGCUAAAAUGGAAACCAAGCUUUCUUCAAAGAAGAAGAAAGCCAGACGUGAGGAAAAACCUCAAAUGAGCACCGAGAAGUGCCAAGUUCAAGAUACCUCUCUCAAAGGUUUCCAAAAAAGUUCCAUACUUGUAGCAAUUUCGGAAAAGGAUAAGUUGAAAGAUGAUCAAGAAAGGGAAGCUGAAACUUCAGAUAUCAUGAGCAUAGUUAGGGGGGCAUAUCAGAAAUCUUCUGAAGGGCAUCAAUCCCCAAAACCUACUGAUAAAUCCACUGGAGAUAAAGAUAGUGCUGCUGGAUUGAGAGUGAAAAAGAUCAUGCGAAGAGCCACAGAAGACAAGGAGUCAUCAGUGCUAGUUCAGAAACUGCGAGAAGAAAUUAGAGAAGCAGUUCGUAACAAGUCCUCGAAAGAUCUUGGUAAAAAUAUUUUUGAUCCAAAGCUUCUAUCUGCAUUCAGGGCUGCAAUAGCAGGACCUAAAACCGAACCAGUUCAAAAGUUGAGUCCUGCGAUUGUAAAGUUGAAGAGGUCAAUAGUCUCGAAAGGGAAGAUACGGGAGAAUUUAACAAAGAAAAUAUAUGGAACAACCAGUGGAAGACGACGACGUGCAUGGGACAGGGAUUGGGAAAUCGAGUUUUGGAAGCAUCGGUGCAUGAGAACUUCAAAGCCCGAAAAAGCUGAGACUCUGAAGUUGGUUCUUGACCUUUUAAAUAAGGGCUCAGCGAUGGAGCAAGAAUCUGAAAUUGAUACGGCAAACCCCAUUCUUUCCAGGUUGUAUUUAGCUGAUACAUCUGUCUUCCCACGAAAGGAUGAUAUCAAGCCUCUCUCAGUUCUUACAGGUGUUGAUGACCAGAAAAAGAAUACUGAAUGUGAAAUAGUGGAAAAAGUUUCUAUACCAAUUCAUGAUAAUCGUAUGGUCCAGACUCCGACACAGUCAAAGGUGAGUAAAGAUUCAACAGAGAUGAGCAAUUCUUCCUUCGAUAAUAAGGGGAAAAGGAGUUGUGCUCCAAGCUUAAAGGGUGAAGCUACUUGUCAGAAUGUGCAUCCAAAUGAUUCCAAAAACAGAGCAAACUCCAUUUCUUUAUCAAGUAGUUCCAAAAUAAAAUCCCAACCUAAGAAGGAAAUGGCUACUAAAUCUGAUGAUGUGAAGAUAGAUAAAAGGCAAUGGGCACUGGAGGUUCUUGCAAGAAAGACAGAUAGGGAAAACAAGGAUGAAAAUAAAGGGAAACAGGAGAACAUUGGAGUGCUCAAAGGAAAUUACCCUUUAUUAGCUCAGUUACCAUCAGAUAUGAGACCAAUAUUGGCACCAAGUCGCCAUAAUAAGGUCCCUACUUCAGUUAGGCAGGUACAACUUUACCGUCUAACAGAGCAUUUCUUGAGGAAAGAAAAUCUGUCUGUUAUCUGCAGAACUGCUGCGACAGAGUUGGCUGUUGCAGAUGCUGUUAAUAUUGAAAGGGAGGUUGCUGAUAGGUCAAACAGCAAACUAGUGUAUGUAAAUCUCUGUUCUCAGGUGAUAUCUCAGCAUGCAAUGAACAAGAAGGCUAGUGGAGCUGUAGAGUCAAAAUCUUCUCCAUCGGCAGACACUACUAGAACUACAGAACCUACACUUGAGGACACUCUGCCUGAUCCCAAAGUGGAAGAUGCAUUGAGAAUGGCAGGGCUUAUAUCAGAUUCCCCGCCAAAUAGUCCAAGUUGCUUGACAAAGAAACUUGAUGAUAAUGACCCUACAGAAAAGGUCAGAGAGGAAGGAGAACCUGAGAGUGUGUUUGACAUGGAUUCUCAUCCAGAGUUAGAUAUAUAUGGAGAUUUUGAGUAUGAUUUGGAUGAUGAAGAUUAUAUUGGUAAUAGUGCUUUGAGGGCAUCCAAAGUACAGCCAGAACAAGGUGACUUGAAAAUGAAGGUGAUCUUCUCAACUCUUAAUACUGAAAAGACAAAAAAUGAUCAAGAUUCUAAAGAUGAUGGGAGGUUACAGACUGUUGAGGUCCCAAUGGAAUCUGGUGUUCUGAAUUGUGAAGAGAAUGGAGGCGUCGGAAUCUCAACCUUGGAGGUGAAGGGAAACGCACCAUGUCUUCCUCCUGAAUCGUUGCAAGAUGAAGGAAAUGAGGAGCCUUCUUUGGCAGAAUGUGAAGAAUUAUAUGGCCCCGACAAAGAACCACUGGAAAAAAGAUUUCUACAAAUAGCAUCAAGAGAGCCAGAUAAAAUGAUUGGAGACAGGAUCUCAACUGAGAAAAUAGCUUUACCAGAGAAUGAGAGUUACGAAUCAAAUAAAGUAGCUAGAUCAUCCAAUGUUGUGACAGAUACCCGUACAGAGAAUACAUCUGUCACGGGCAGCAGUUUUGUUGCAGGCAUUGAUUCUUCUAGUGGGAAAAAUUCUCCAAAUCUUUCUUCAGCAAGUCAAAAUGUUCAAAGGAAGGAGUUGAAAUGCAAUGAUGAGCAAUCUGGCCUGAGACAUUCUAUAUCUAAGAAGGUAGAAGCCUACAUUAAAGAGCACAUCAGGCCUCUGUGCAAGAGUGGUGUGAUCACAGUUGAACAGUACCGAUGGGCUGUGGGUAAAACUACAGAGAAGGUUAUGAAAUACCAUUCCAAAGCAAAGAAUGCAAAUUUUGUCAUAAAGGAAGGUGAGAAAUUAAAGAAACUUGCAGAGCAAUAUGUUGAGGCUGCACAGCAGAAAGGAAGAAUGGAAAUAGCUCCCAAUUCAAAUACUAAUAAUUAACCUCAGUCCAUCAGGUUCUUUCUACAUUUUCCUGUACCCUGUUGUUUCUCAGUGAAGACAUGGGACUAAGAUCCAACCAUUGGUUUGGUUGUAGUGAUGUAAGAAAUUAAAAAUACAAAUAAUUAUUAGUUAGGGAAAACCAAAUUUCACAAUAUUUUGCAAGGUUGGAUGUGUACCUACAUUACUGUAAAGCGCUACUGGUUCAUAAUAUGUAUUGAGUUAGUUCACCCAA